AUGCCCACAUGAACUAAAUAUUGCGCCACGAAAUGCCGAGUGUUGAUAUUGACAUCAUGCACAUUACUUCAAACUUUUUUGAAAGAUGAAGUUGGUUCACAAGGAUAUUGAUAAAGGGGGAUCAGGGUCAGUGACCCUGAUCCCGGAAGAGUCUGAAGAUAUGUGGCAUGCAUACAACCUGGUCUCUGUUGGGGACAGUAUAAGGUCAACUACAAUUAGGAAAGUAACAACAGAAUCAGCCACAGGCAGCACUGCUAGUAAUAAAGUCCGUACCACAUUGACUGUCACCGUGGAAGGAAUAGACUUCGACACUCAAGCUUGUAUGUUGCGUGUCAAAGGUAGAAAUAUAGAAGAAAAUCAAUAUGUCAAAAUGGGUGCUUAUCACACGCUAGAUCUUGAACUCAAUAGGAAGUUUUCUUUAGCCAAACAUGAAUGGGAUUCUAUAGCUCUUGAAAGGAUAGAGCUGGCAACAGAUCCAACCCAAAAAGCCGAUGUAGCUGCUGUUGUGAUGCAAGAAGGAUUAGCCCAUAUUUGCCUCGUCACUGGAAGUAUGACAUUAGUUAGAGCCAAAAUAGAAGUUGGCAUACCUCGGAAAAGGAAAGGCAUGUGCUCUCAGCAUGAUAAGGGGCUGACAAGGUUUUAUGAUCAGGUGAUACAAGGAAUUGUACGACAUGUCAAUUUUGACAUUGUCAAGUGUUGCUUAGUAGCAAGUCCUGGCUUUGUAAAAGACCAGUUCUAUGAAUACAUGUUUGUACAAGCAGUGAAGUUGGACCAAAAGGAGCUUCUUCAAAAUAAAUCUAAAUUUGUAUUGAUACACUCGUCCUCAGGAUUCAAACACUCUUUAAAAGAGGUUUUAUGUGAUCCUGCAGUGCAGUCAAAACUUGCCGACACCAAAGCUGCUUCUGAAGUGAGGGCAUUAGAUGAUUUCUACCAGAUGUUACAGAAUGAUCCUCACAGGGCAUUUUAUAGUAUCAAGCAUGUGGAACAUGCCAAUGAGGCUCAGGCCAUCGAGACGCUAUUAGUAUCAGAUGAACUCUUUAGGUCAAGUAAUUUAGAUGAUAGAAAACGCUAUGUUCGGUUGGUGGACAGUGUCCGAGAAUCGGGCGGUGAUGUUAAGAUAUUUUCAAGUUUACAUGUAUCUGGAGAACAAUUAGGUCAAUUAUCAGGAGUAGCUGCCAUAUUACGGUUUCCGAUUCAAGAUCCGGAUGAAGAUGAAACGUCAAGUAGUGAUGAGGAUUAGACUUGGACUUGGACAUGGACAUAUAGAGUACAGACUUGUUAUCCCACUACGUGCAUCUGGAGGAACUUUAGUUCAGCAGUCCCUCUAAAUGAAACAAAAAUCUGUAGGCAACAACUAUUGUCCAGAAUUCUGGGGAAGUUUGGGUGAAAUUCACGAGGGAAGGUCUUUUUAAAGGACUUUGGAUUUCGCUGGGACAUCAGUUGACAUGUGCACUUCUCUUCAUGUGUGGUUACAUCUGGUGGUUAUGUUGUGGAACAUCCCUCUACCAAGAAGGCAUGGUGACCUUUAUUCCAGAUGGGUCUGAUUAUUUUGUUUCUUUCACUUGUUAAGUUAUAUGUGUAACUGUAUGAAAUGGUUAUAAAAUGUUAUUAAUGAUUUAUUGGCAUCAAAUGAUAUGGUGGCCAAACAUCUUUGCAACAUAAGUACAUGUAUAUGAUAAGGGCUUAUAAAUGUUUGAUGUAAAUAGGAAUUAUAACUGUAUGGUAUUUAGGUCUGGUAGCUGUGAACCAGUGGACAACACUGUAAUCCAAGAAGUGAUUACUGGCUGUAUUUUCUUGAUUACCCUGGCAUCUUCUGCAUUUUAGCUAUGAAAAUAGGACAUCAGAAUCGUGCUUUGAGAUCUUCUCACAACUUUGUGAUCUGUUGAUAUCAAUAAACUUGGUACAUGUAGAUGGCGAAUUAUUCUUUCUUCGGGUAACAUAGCAUACAUGUACGUAGCUAGGGUUUGGACGAAGGACCACAUGAUGAAAAUGGCGAUGUAGUUGAAUGAGCCCAGAAUAAUUUCCUGAAGAAUUUUAUGGAAAUAUGCAAGUUGUAGUGAGAAAAAAAAUGUUCCCUUGCUGGUGUGGUUUACUGUCAUGUGGCAUCAUUUUGUUGUUUGACUGCAGAAUGUUAUAUGCUUAUGAUAUCAUAUUAUCGUCCUAUCUCCAUAAAAGUAAUAAAGAUAUUCA